AUGCUCUACACAGACCAGUACGCCUCCCUCUCCUCCAACAGCCCCGACUGCGCCAGCGACGGCGAGCCGGAGCAGUACCCCCUGACAUCGGACGGCCUCCAACCUCGCCCGCCCGCCCGCAAGUCCAGGAGUCGGUACACCUACGCCGUGCUCGCCGUGCUCGCGCAACUUGUCUACACGAUCCUCGUCCUCGUCGCCGCGCGAGAGGUUUACUACAAGGGCGUGUGUCCGGUCGUCGCGGCGCCCGAUCGGUAUCACGCUUGGGAUAUUGACAUUGAGCAGGAUGUGCUGCAAUAUAAGGAGGUUCCCGCCGACCACAAGGAGCCGGACGAACACCACCCGUACCUGGGCGCUCCGCGACCGGAGCUGGAUCAAAACUGGAAUACGCUUUUGUCAACAUUCCGCAACCGCGUCCCAACCGCCGAGAUCCGCAGGCUGGGCAUUGAGGAGGGGUCCAUCUGGCUGGACGACGAUGUUGGUGAAUAUUAUGGGAGUGUGUGGGUUGGGCACAACCUGCACUGCGUUAAAUAUCUGUAUAAUGGCCUGCAUAGGGACCAUUACUACCACAACAUGACUGAGGCGGAGGAGAAGUCGCACAACAGUCAUUUGCACCACUGCCUCCACCGCCUCAUGGACGCUCUCAAAUGCCACCCAGACAUGUCCCCGCUGUCCCUGCACUGGGUGGUCAACGAGGUCGCGCCCAUUGUCAACUGGGACGGGGCGCGGCACACGUGCGCGAACUGGGACCGCGUCAUGGACUGGGCCAAGAGCAACCAGAUUGUUCUGGCUGGGAAGGAUAGUCUCGGGCAGGCGACGUUGCUGGACGAGCACGGCCACGCGGACUUUUUGAACCAGGAUGCAAUCGUCGAGUGGGACAAGUUGUUUGCCAGGCCGGAUUGGCAAGCGUGGGCCAAGGAGCAUGGGGUUCCGGAGGGGACCAUUCCCGGGAAGGAGAUGCUGAGGAAUACUCAUGUCGGGUAG